AUGCCUUUGGGGUUGGAUUCGAACUUCUACGUCUGGGUGCUCCCGCUGGUGCUUGCGGAGAUCGUUCUCUAUGCCUACGCCUUCACGGCGGAGCUUCGCACCUGCCAGGUGGUGCUUGGGCUUCUGGGCCUCUUCUGGUGCUUCGCCGCGCUGUGGGUCGAGAUCCGGUUAGAGGUGGUCUACCCGCACUUCGACUACGCGACCCCGCCCCCGGGUGAUCCGGAGAUGAAGUCCUACAGGCCAUUCUGCGACUUCGCUCCCUGGGCCAAGUGCAGCAAGGUGCUGAUGUCUCCUCCGGGCCGCUUCCUGCGCUACUUUGGCAUCGCCAAGCCUCUGGCGUCGGGCGCCGUCGGCGGCUUAGACAAGGCGCGGGCUUUGAUCGACGUGCCCAAUCCGACGCUGGGCGUGCUUUUCUUCGCCGUCCACCUGUUUUACCCGGUGCUGCUGCUCUUCAUGCCAAUUCCUUUUCUGGGCCCGCUGCUGCCGGAGCUCUUCUUCCUCGCUUGUUGCGGGGUGGGGCUGAUGACAGUAUGGCUUGCGUAUAACCUGGCUUUUGUGCUGCAAGACUUCUGCGUGGUCUGCGUCUCCAUGUACGUGGCGAACUUUGGGCUCAUACCGAUGAUGCACGGCCUAGCCUUGCAGGGCGCCUCCGUCGGAGAGGGCGCCUUCUUCGGGGAGGUGCCGCGGUGGUUUCUGUACUCCUUCGGCGCGUUGGAUGCGGUCAUGGGGCUGGCCGUCUUGGCGAUCUAUUUCCGGGGCGACCUGUUUGCGUCGGCCAAAGCCCGAGAAAGCGAGCAGGGCUACUGCCCGCUUCUUGUGGAGUGA